UUUUGACAAAACAUACCAAACCAACCCAGGUCACUCUCUGUGUUCAUGAAAGAGAAAGUUAAAACUCAGCUGCUAUUUUGCUGUUUUUCUUGUUUUGCAGGGAUUCCAGCGAUACGAACCAGAGACGCGACAGAGGAGGCCAUGGCUUCUUGAAACAUAAUCACUCCACACUGCACUUGCCAAAAUUCAAUUAUGGGGGUUAUAAAAGACGGGACUGUUUCCGGAAAAUUACCAAGUACUGAGUCUUUUGCAGUUCACUACCCUAGUUAUCCUUCAUCAACCGCACGUGCUGUUGAGACUCUUGGAGGAAACAAUGGAAUCCUCAAGGCUCGUAGCUUGCAGUCAAACAAGUUGGAGCUUCAUUUUCGCCCCGAGGAUCCGUACUCACACCCUGCUUUUGGGGAGCUUCAACCCUGUAACAAUUUUCUUUUGAAGAUAACAAAAAGGGCUGUUAGGAAUGGCCAAGAUGCUGAGAACACUGACAGGGUAUCAACAUGUUUGUCAGAAGAUGAAAUUCAUCUGAAUCAAAAGAGUUGUCCUGAAUCAGUCAAAAAUGAUCAACACGUGGAUGAAUGUCAAAUUGAUUCGAUUACUGCACCAACAGAAUUCAAAGCUCAGUUGCCAGAAGAAGUGCAAGAAGAUCUUUCUGCUGAUAUUGUUGCUCGAGUCUCAGAGGCUUAUUAUUUUAAUGGAAUGGUAGAUUACCAGCAUAUUGUUGCUGUUCAUGCGGAUGUUGCUCAGAGAAAGAAGAGAAACUGGGCAGAUAUGGAACCACAAUUUGAGAAGUGUGGUCUUAUGGAUGUGGAUCAGGAGGAUUUGAUGAUUCUAGUGCCUCCGCUCUUCUCAAUAAAGGACGUGCCAGAGAAAGUAGUGUUAAAACCAACAGUAAGUCUUAGCUCAAAGAAAAAACAAAGGGGAGUUGUACAACACCGUUGGGAGAUGGAUAUAGAGCCAAGCCUUGCAAUUGAUUUUAACAUAAAGGAGAUUCCUAAGAAAGUGUAUUGGGAGAAAUACAUACCCAAAGACUCCGAACAAUGGGAUUGGCAGAUGGCUUUAUGUAAGUUGUUUGAUGAGCGUCCUAUAUGGAUAAAAAGUUCAGUAGCUGAACGGUUGCUUGACAAAGGUCUACAAUUUGCAGACCAUUUGCUCAGAAGGCUUCUUUUUAGAACGGCAUAUUACUUCUCAAAUGGGCCAUUCCUUAGGUUCUGGAUCAAGAAGGGUUAUGAUCCUCGCAAAGAUCCUGAAUCUCGCAUAUAUCAAAGAAUUGAUUUUCGAGUCCCCCCAUCAUUACGAAGCUAUUGUGAUGCUAACAUGGCAGCUGGGUUAAAGCAUAGAUGGGAAGAUAUAUGCUCAUUUCGUGUUUUUCCUUACAAGUGCCAAACUUCAUUACAAUUUUUUGAACUUGCUGACGAUCACAUUCAACAGGAGAUUAGGAAACCUCCACAGCAAGCAACUUGCACAUGUGCGACUGGAUGGUUCUCAUCAAGCGUGCUUGGUAGCUUGAGAUUUUGUGUUGCUGUGAGGUUCCUUUCAGUAUACCCAAUGGCUGGUGCAGAAGCCUUGCUUAAAUCUGCUUCUGAACGGUUUGAAAAGUCAAAGAGAAUGCAGAUUUAUACUAAGGAAUUGAGACUUGAAGAAGAGAUUCAACAAGUCAAUGCAGAACUGGUAGAUAGGGAAGAUAAAGAAGAACUGAAUGAUGAUGACGAUGAAGAUGAAGAAGAAGAAAUUGAUGAUGACAAUGUUGAAGAGGAGGUGGACCCAUAUGAGGUAUUUCAUCUGGCUUGUGAGGAUGAAAAUUUUGCUCCACAGCCAUGUUCUUAUAUGGGUAAUGAGAAUAUCUCCAAGAACUACUUGCAAGAGCUUUUUGGUAGUUUUCCAUCCGGUGAAGUUGGCGGCGGCCACAGGUUGCAAGAUGCCGACAACAGUGAUGGAGAAUAUCAGAUAUAUGAACAAUAUAGUGAUGGCAACUACUCCAAUGAAGACGACGACUACUGACUUGUUAAUUGUGAAUUAAAGCAUAUUUCAUUUUCUUUGAAGAUACAAAGGCUGAUUUGAAUUGACCUGGCAGUAGCUUUCCAGGGAAGAGAUGAAAAGCCAUACUGUGGAAAAUCAAAGAGCUGCCCCUUGUAUGUCGCUAGGAGUUUGUGAUUCCUGGAUUUAAUUUGUGUAGGGAUGUUUAUUUAUUUAUUUAUAUUUAUAUGGUCAUCCUAAAAUUAUUACGUAUUUUCGUCGACAGAGAAAAAGCAAUGCAGAGGGAUACUUUUUAUCAUUUUUAAAAAGUGGUAUUGAGGGACACUUUUCUAAUUUUGACCUUAUCAGAUAGGAAAUGAAAAUGCACUUUUGCUUGUCUCACUUUUUUUA